AGGCACAUAACUCCUGGAUCUUUGACUACAGCACCCCAGAGCACCUGGACGCUGAGAAGAGGACCCGAUCAUGAGGAGGCUUUUCCUGGUUACCUGCCUGGUGGCUGUGCUGCUUCAAGAGGAUGGUGCAAUCCCAGCACCCGAGGUCCCUGACAAGAUCAAAGGCAAACAUUCAGCCUCUGAGCAGGACACAGAGAAGGCCUGGAGCGACCACAUCUUGCAGCCUCUGACGAAGGAUAACCAGCUGGAGGAUCUGUUCCCUGUGCCAAAACCAAGCCUUGUAGCCACUGAGGAGAAGCCAGGUCAGGGCAACAAAGCCUGGGUGGAGACUGAGGACAUUCUGAGCCAUUUUCGGAGACCCCAGCAGGAUCCUGAGCCUGACUGCGACAGUCUGUACCAUCCUGCAUCUGAGGAGAUCCAGGUCAAGGAAGAGCCCUUUUCGUGGGCAAUGCUGUCUCGCCAGGUGCUGCAGGGGCCAGAGGAGGACCUAGACCAUAUCUACCACCCCGUGGAGGAGUCCUAGGGGCCCUGAACACUCUUAUACUCUUGCCCCGAGGCCCAGGCUGUCAGGAUUGCUGAUCCUUCUCAGCUAGAAAAAUAAAUUCCUGCAAACAGAAGUGGAAGGC